AUGCCACAAGCACCGGACGUCGAAGAAGGCCGAGUGUUCGUCGUGGAGCGCAAUUCGCGAGAUGAGCUCGUCAAGACUAUUUUGCUCAUUAUUCUCAUUUUCGUGUUCCCGCCGGCCGCCGUCGCUGUUCACGCCAACGAAUGCAAUAUGCAUGUGUUCAUCUCGCUGAUUCUCGUCUUCUUCUUCGUCAUACCGUCCUACAUUCACGCCAUCUGGUACUGUUUCGUGCGGAAGCCAACACAGAUGACAAUUUCGUAA